UGCCGGCUCUUCCCGUCUCUCUUGACAUCAUCGAGAUAUUCCACACCGCGGCACACAAUGGAGAAGCCGGUGGAAGCUUCCAUCAGGUCCAAGCUGACUCAGAACCUGGAGCCGUGCCACCUCGAGGUCCACAACGAGAGCCACAUGCACGCCGUGGCCCCGGGGUCGGAGACGCACUUUAAGGUGGUGGUGGUAGCCGAGGAGUUCAGUGGGAAGUCGCUCAUACAGAGGCACAGGCUGGUCAACGACUUGCUGAAGGAGGAGCUUGCCGGCCCCGUCCAUGCUCUGUCUAUCCAGCCUGCCGUCACCGAGAGCCCUGCGUGUAUGGGGGGCUCCAAACAUGACCCCCACAUGAGCAAGAAACUGAGUCCCUGAGCCGGGGACACAG